UUUUCAAAAAAAGUUAAAUGAAUGCUUACUGAGAGUAAGGAAGAUGGAAAAGUGAAAAGAAAAAAAUAGAUGAGUACUAAAAAACUUUAAAAUGUGUAGGUUAGGAAACAUUUUAAACAAUGUUGACAGCAAUCAACGAAAAACAACUGGGAACAAGAGUUCUAUUAAAUCCGCCUUAUGAGCUAAUAUAAUGACUGUAUAUAAAUCUGUAACAGUUGAGCCCAGUGCCCACCUUGCCCCUCAGUAGUAAGGAUGACCAUGUACAGCAGAGCAGUGACUUCAUCAAGAUGGGUUCUUUCUGUCCGAUGUGAAUGAAGUCUGGGGAUGAUGAGCAGUCCGGAGCAGGUAGUGGUUCUAAGAAGUCACCAGCGACCAGGCUCUGCACUUGAACCAUGCUACCAUUCCCAGUGUGGCCUUGCUCUGUCUUGGAUGGCAAACAGCAUCACAUCCAUGUUUUGGGGAAGAGGAUCAACAUAGGGGAAGGGACAGUGUCCUUCCCUUUCAACAUUAUCUUUGUUAUGGGUAAAGCAGAAGGUUCAGUAGCAAGGGAAGAAUGGCACGGGCAUGUCACAGCUCUGUCUGUUGCCCCAGAAUUUCGACGCCUUGGUUUGGCUGCUAAACUUAUGGAGUUACUAGAGGAGAUUUCAGAAAGAAAGGGCGGAUUUUUUGUUGAUCUUUUUGUGAGGGUAUCCAACCAAGUCGCAGUGAACAUGUAUAAGCAGCUGGGCUACAGUGUGUACAGGACCGUCAUAGAGUACUAUUCAGCCAGUAAUGGGGAGCCCGAUGAGGACGCCUAUGAUAUGAGGAAAGCCCUUUCCAGAGAUACUGAGAAGAAAUCCAUCAUACCAUUACCCCAUCCUGUGAGGCCUGAAGACAUCGAAUAACCAUGGGCAGUGGUUCUUAGGCUGAGGCUCCAGAUUUUUUAUGGACAAUAUUUUUUUCAUUAAAUGAUCUUGGAGCUCUAUUAGGAGAAAAGUAACCCUGUAGGUCUUAAAGACUUCAAGAAAACAGGUUCUAAACUUACUUUAAAUCUUGUUUCCAGUUAGCAAACCUACUAAAGCUGUUAAGUGUAAUAAAACUCAGUCAAAAAGGCAGAUAGGUCGGAAGGAAUCCUUCCACUCUUCAUAGUUCAUAACAUUCACUAUACACUAGGGAAUAAACUUGCUCCAGUCUCCUCCUAAAUUCUGUGCCUGAGAACCACUGCUGCAUAUAUAUGUUUUUUAUUUUGUAUUGAAUUUAAUUAAUUGAAGCUUUAAAAACAUGAAAUGUAUAAAUCUAAGAUGUAUAAUAAAAUGCAUUGUAACCCUCUGAA